AUCUGGCUUUUUUGCUGCAGCUAGUUUCAUGUCCUACCAACAGUGUGAGUUCAAUUUUGGAGCAAAACCUUUCAAGUAUUCGCCUUCAGUCAAAUUUAGCACCUUUAAUGACUAUGCCUUCCUGACAGCAGAGGAGAAAAUAAUUUUACCAAGACAUAGACGUUUGGCUUUGCUGAAGCAAGUGAGUAUUCGAGAGAACUGCUGCACGCUGUGCUGUGAUGAGGUAGCAGACACAGAACUCAGGCCAUGUGGACACAGUGACCUGUGCAUGGAGUGUGCCUUGCAACUGGAGACCUGCCCAUUGUGUCGACAGGAAAUACAGACUAGAGUCAGACAGAUCUCGCAUAUUUCAUGACACAUGGAGAAGCAUCAUGGACUUAUUUCUAAUCGAUUCCAGCCAAUACUGCAGGACACAAGCAUCUCUAAUCAAUCUAUACGCACAUCAAACCAUAGCCCGUGACCAGAUUUCAUGCUACACCAUAGUCUGUUUCUUAGAAAUAAACUAACCCAACUUGCCAGUGCUGGGGAACUGGCUUUAGCGGCUAUAAAAGCUUAUAGUUCAACAUUUUAUGGCUGUUGGUUAUCUCCAAGCAAGACUACAAAAGCGUCUUCUCUCCCCCGCCACUCCCCCAAACCCCUCUUUCUCUCACCUAUCACAAGUGCUGAAAAAAAAUUGCACUGGAAAUAUACACAUGAAGUACAUAAUCUCCUAAAACCAGGACAUUCUGUCUCUCACUCUGAAGUCCUUAUUUUUGGCAGAAGUCAUGAAUAAAAUAUGCCUGCUGGUCAGAGACUCUGUUUUCAGACAAUGAAUAUUAAACUGCUGAAAGACUUGAAACCUGUAUACAGACUGGUUUGAAAAGAAAGUGCGGAGACUGUAGAAAAAUCCAAAUUUUUGAUAACUCAGUGAUUCCAAAGAAGGUUCUGAUCUCUCUUUUUUUUUUUUUUUUUAACUACAGACAAUUGGUGGUAUUCUCACAUUCAUAGUGUUUCUAAUUACUUCAAUUUCAGUACCCAUGUUUAGAGAAAAGAAGAGUAAUUUUCAGGAGGAAAUCUUACACUAAUUAUAAAGCAGGAUGGGGGUCAGUUUGACAUUAUGGGUAUUUUUAAGGUACCAUCAAUCAUCUUUUUUUAAUCAGUAUUGUUUUUUGCAAGUUAUGUACAUUUUUGGAAAUCGAGCUAUAUUCUGAAAAGUUCUGGAAAGAAUUCUGAGCAAAUGUAUUAAUAUUGUUUUAAACAAAUACAUGUUAUUUGAAUAGCAA